AGCUGCCUAUCGAUAACCGCCGUUCGACUGCAUUGUUUUUUGUUAUAUUUCACAAUUCCCCCGGAUUUCCGCCAGAAAUCCCCCGCAGAAAGGAUGCCCAAGGAGAAGAGCAAGUCCCGCCAUCGCAGCCGCAGCCGGGAAAGGCGGGAUCACCGCAGUCCGGAGGCGAGGAGCAGCAGGAGCAGCGGGAACAGGGAUCGCGAUCGCAGGGACCACAAGGACAAGGAUCGCCGCAGGGAAAAGGACAAGCAGGACAGCAAGCGGGAGCACAAGAGCAGGCGGCGCAGGUCCUCCAGCUCAUCCUCCUCCUCUAACUCCUCCUCGAACGCAGCCCACCGCUCCCCACUGGCCAAGAGCUCGAUGAAGCUGCUCCAAACUCUAGAAGCCCGCCGCCUCGUCGAGCAGAAGGACCGGCAGCGGCGAAAGGACGAGCUGAAGGCCCAGGAGACGCCCGAGGAGAAGCGCGCCCGCCGUUUGCGCGAGAAGCAGGCCAAGGAGCAGCGGCGUCGCGAGCGGAUGGGCUGGGACAACGAGUACCAGACGUACUCCAAUGAGGACAACCCCUUUGGCGACUCCAAUUUGACCUCCACCUUCCACUGGGGCAAGAAGCUCGAGGUGGAGGGCCUCUCCAAUCUGUCCAGCAAAACGGUGGAGGUGCUGUCGCUGCAGAAGCAGCUGGAGAAUCGCCGCGAGCUGGAGAAGGUGAAGAAGCGUCGCCAGGAACGCGAACUGGAACGGCAGGUGCGCGAGGAUGACCUGAUGAUGCAGCAGCGCGCCAAGGAGGCCGUGCAGUUCCGCGAAUGGCAGCGCCAGGAGGAUCAGUUCCACCUGGAACAGGCUCGUCUGCGCAGCGAGAUUCGCAUUCGCGAUGGCCGCGCCAAACCCAUCGAUCUGUUGGCUCAAUAUGUAGCCGCCGGGAAUGCGCCGCUCGAGGAAUCCCUCGAGAUGCAGAUGCAUGAACCCUAUGUCCUGCUCAAUGGCCUGCCCAUGGAGGAGCUGGAGGAUCUGCUGGUGGACAUCAAGGUCUACGAGGAGCUGGAGCAGGGCAAGCACAUUGAUUUCUGGAACGACAUGAUCACCAUUGUGCAGGACGAACUGCAGCGCCAGCAGAAGCUGCAGGCGGAAACGCAGUCGCUCAACCAGCGACGCGAUGGCAUCCACCAGGCGGUGGUCAAGGAUGUGGCCGACAUCUUCAGGGGCAAGAAUGCCCAGCAGCUGGAGGAGAUGCGCCAGCGCAUCGAGGCCAAAAUCAGCGGAAGAGCCGAUGGCGUGGACAUCAGCUACUGGGAGAGCCUUCUCUCGCAGCUGAAGGCGCACAUGGCCCGCGCUCGACUGCGCGAUCGCCAUCAGUCGCUGUUGCGCGAGAAGCUGCUGCUGCUGAAGCGCGAGAACGAGGAUGAGACGACGCAGGAGGAGGUGCCGCCGCCGGUUAAGGAGGAGGAGCAGCAGAUGGACACCCAAUCGGAGGUAGAGGAAGCUCCCUCCGAAGAGGACGACCCGCUGAAGGAGCUACGCGACGCAGUGCGCCUCUACCAGGCGGGCAACUACAGUCCGCGCUACAUACGCGAGGAGGAGUUCACCGGGCGGCGCGUGCAGAACGAGGAGGACGACGAGCCGGAGGCGGAGGGCGCUCUCUACGAGGAGGAGGACGACGAGAGGCGAACCCAAAGACAGCGCCUGCUAAUCUUGCACCCCGAACGCGUGGACACCAACCAUUUGACGCCGCAGGAGCUGCGCAUGCGCAACGAGGCGCGGCAGGGAAUGCAGGGCGACGAGGCCGAGUUCAGUGUGGAGACCACGCUGGAUGCAGUGCCUCAGCUGGCCACGGAUAAGUACCGACCGAGGAAGCCGCGCUACUUCAAUCGCGUGCACACCGGAUUCGAGUGGAACAAGUACAAUCAGACGCACUACGACAUGGACAAUCCGCCACCGAAAAUCGUGCAGGGCUACAAGUUCAACAUCUUCUAUCCGGAUUUGAUGGACAAGUCGCAGACGCCGCAGUACUUCCUCACGCCCUGCGCGGAUAAUGGUGACUUUGCCGUGCUGCGCUUCCACACCGGGCCGCCGUACGAGGACAUCGCCUUCAAGAUCGUCAACCGCGAGUGGGAGUUCAGCUACAAGCGCGGCUUCCGCUGCCAGUUCCACAACAACAUCUUUCAGCUCUGGUUCCACUUCAAGCGAUAUCGCUACAGGCGUUGAGGCGAUUGUAUAUU